CAUACCAAAUCUUUGUAUGAAUAAAAGGGCGUGUCAGGGGUUAAAAGUAAUUAAUUGUUGUUGGCUAUUAAUUAAAAGACUAGACUCGAUAAUUAUUGCUCAAAGAUGCCAAAGUGUCCAUCCUGUAAGAAAGAAGUGUAUUUCGCGGAGAAGGUGACCUCACUAGGUAAAGAUUGGCACCGACCAUGCUUGAAGUGUGAGAAAUGCAAGAAAACCCUCACAUCAGGAGGUCAUGCUGAGCACGAGGGUAAGCCGUACUGCAACAAGCCGUGCUACAGCUCUAUGUUUGGCCCUGGGGGCUUUGGACGAGGUGGCACCGAAUCACACAAGUAUAAUUAGGAGCACCACAUGGUCACAUGCAAGCUAGGAGCAGAGAACAGAUUAUGUACGCUACGAAACUGUAGUGUACGCAAUUAAUGUAGUUUAUAGAUUGUCGAUCUACAUAAUUAUUAUACAUAAUUUUUAUUAGAGUUUAUUUCUAGCUUCAUGCGCAUAUGCAUGCAUGAUCAAUAAUUAAUUUUCGUCACACUCAAUAAUUAUUAUUACCGA